CAAACACUACUCGUCAGUUCGAGACCGGUGGUAUGGAGGUGAACGCUGCGCAUGACGAACCUGCGGAAAUGCUGUUCUGGGAUAUUAGGCUCGCAGGGGAGAUGACUUUAGGAAGAACGUACCCUAGCAGGUUACAUGAUAUCCAAGACUCUCCGACUGUCCCUGACCAGUCUCUUAAGUCACCCAACCGUACAACCGAUAGAGCUGCAGUAGAGAUGGACUUGGCGCGAGGACAGGACAUGACUACCUGGCCAAGUUCUUCCACAGGGGAUACAGGGCCUCUACCGAGAGAGCGCAAUCCCGACGGCCUGGUCGCAACCCCCUUUGUCCCUCAAUAUCUACCGGAUUCAGAAAACAAUACGAACAUUCCGUCACUGUUGGAAUUCAACUUCCUUUCUGGUCCCAUUUCCCAACCAAUAUCCUAUGUUCGGCCGGCGAUAGAAGCUUCAGAAUAUGCAUUUAAGCAAGCUAGUCUGCCCAGUUACGAGAACUGCUCUGGACCAGCCCCAGUUGACAUGGGAGGCACCGGUGUCGCCGAUUGCACGACCGCCAGCCCUUCAGAUUCCCACGGAGCCCUUUCGCCUUACUCACUUGACACAAGCCUGUUUGCAUCCGGCACUCCUCAGGAUUUCGAGGAAACCUCGGAUAGCUCCUUAGCAAGAGUAAUGGAUGGAUCUCCUGGUGUCAGCCUCAACAGAUUGAAAGCCACCAGGUCCAGUUCUAUCUAUGCGCGCAGCGGUCGACAUGCACUUGGCGACCACCGUAGCCUAACAAAUUCCGAGAAGUGGCAGGCCUAUCUUACUACUGUGACCGACCACUAUGGCGUCGACUGUGGUCGUCCUGAUAUGGAUUUAGGAAAGAACGAUGACCACUCGGCCAUCGAUGUCAGUGAUGCUUUGGACACGGUCCAGUCGCAGACUGGAAGCAAUGCAUCUAGUCCAGGCAUAAUUUCUACGAGGAUAGACCGUGAACUGUGUGAUCGCAAGUACAACUACUAUGGGUCACCCGUGCCUAUAAAUAUACCUCGAUACCUGUCGCCACUUCCGGCGUCUUUGCUGAACGUGCCUAUCAACUUGAUGUACUUUCAUCAUUUUCUCAACCACACUGCAAAAGUUCUGGUCCCUCAUGACUGUAGUGACAAUCCUUUCAGCUCUGUCUUGCCCGCUAUGGCGAUCAACGACUCGAACCUUCUCAACCUGAUGCUCGCCUACUCCGCAAGUCAUCGCGCCAGGUUUCUGGGCCAUCCCGAGCCAGCAAAUCGAAUUGCGCACUGGGUCAGCAAUGUCUUUCCAUCUUUGCGCGUAGCCUUAGAUGAGCAGGAGAAGAUUACUGACAGUCAUCUUGCAACUGCGAUCAUGCUGCUCUCACUGAAAAUCGUCUCUCCUAGCACCUUUGAGGUACCGAUACCAUGGCAAAGCCAUUUAAAACUAGCACGCGAUCUGUUUUUAGCUCGUCAGGCCCAAAUUGCGUACCCUGGGAACCGCGUCGGGGCUUUUCUGACCCGUUGGCUUGGCUACCUAGACAUCAUGGGUUCGCUUUCAUGCCGUCAUCACCAGCCGCCCCUGUUGGCGUACUAUUCUGUCUUAAAUACUUGCACGGCUAUUGAAGAUUGGGACGAGUUUGCAGUAGACUGUUUUACGGGAUUUACUCCUCGGACUGGUUUGUUUCUAAUGCAGCUUGGAGGUCUAGUGCAUCAUUGUGACAAUGAGCGAUUUGAUGAGACGGGGGCCUUCUUGCCUGAAUGGCAACCUUCACCAGAGAUAGUCCACGAAGCGGAAGCCUUGAUAUCUGACUGGGAGACUCUCGAUACACACGCUCACGCAUUCGAAAAACACUACCAAGACGCAGAAUCCUUCGAUAUGGUCGCGGUCGAUAGAGCAUUCCGAUAUGCGGGCUUGCUGCAUCUUCAUCGUCGGGUUCUAGGCAAUUCUUCCGGCUCUGAUGCGGUGUCAGAGGCUUUGGAUGGCCUAAUGCAAUCAGUGGCCGCGAUUCGGUCGGGCUCGGCUGUCGAAGCAGGCGUACUGUUUCCCAUCUUUACGGCGGGAUGUGAGACCCAGGACUCUGAGCGCAGAACUGAGAUCAAAGAACGCUUAGAGGUUUUAGAGGGAACUGGAAUGAAGCAGAUACACAAUGCCCGUACACUGAUGCAGAGGUGCUGGGAUACCAAGUUGCCUUGGAUCGCUUUCGCUCAGGGAGAGUUCCUUGGGUAGUUU